AAACAACUAGCAGUCGGUUCAGAAAAUCAGAGAUUUAAGUGGUUUUAUUAUGUGGUUGGCACCUCCAAGUUACCUUUUUCUGGUUGUAACUGUUCUUGUAGUGUCAUAUGUGAAGUCUCAAGACUCAUUCUACUAUUUAAAACAAUGUCACAUUAACGACCCAAAUGUAAAUCAAUGUCUUAAACAAUCCACCAACUACCUGAUAGCGAACAUGCGUAGAGGCAUUCCAGAGCUGGAUUUAAACGAUCCAGAGCCAGUAAUAAUCGACGAAAUUCAGCUGGCGUUGGGAACCGGUCCAGAUGGUUAUCGAGCGACCUUUAGAGACAUUGAGGCAUUUGGAGUUAGCAAUUGCACUGUAACUGCUGUGAGGUCAGAUAUCGACACAAGCCAAUUCCAGUUUACUUUGUACAUACCCAGAAUAACUGCGCGAGCGAAAUAUGAGUCAAGUGGUGUCCUCAUUUUGGUGAGGGCUUCAGGAGGAGGCAACUAUUGGGGCGAAUAUGAGGGCGUUAAAGUGAAGGCUUACCUUAAAGCCACCAAAGUACUUGGAGAGGAUGGUCUUACCCACCUCCAGUUGCAACAGAUCAAAAUGGAUUUUAAUGUUAAGGAUAUUAGAAUGGGAGUGGAUGGAAUCCAUAAUGGAAACAGCGUUUUGCAAGCGGCAUUGAAUCUCUUUAUCAACUCGAACGCCCAAGAACUCCUGAAGGAAAUGAAGCCUCACCUGAAAAAGAAGCUGCUGGUGCUGAUGAGCGAUUUUGUUACCCAUAUAUUCCAAAGCGUGCCCUACAGCCAAUUCCUGGUUGAAGACUAAGUUUGUGUAAAUUUAAUAUUUAUUUAUAGUUGCUUAUAUACCACUUAUUUCAAUUGGUUUGUUUAUGCGCAACAGUUGAUGGAAAAAUAACGUGUCUAAUUACCUGUAACCCUCGUUUAUAAGCAAACAACUGAUGAAAAUUCAAAAUACAUAUGUAAUUAUAUGUUAUUCCAGGAAUAAGUAAAUUGAAAAAAACUGUGAACAAAAAGACACCGAGAAUUUAAAUGUGAACCAAAAAUGA